AUGAUGCAAGCAACCAUUGCUGCGGCUCGACAGCGGCGCUUCCGGGAGUUCCUAAAAGAAGGUUCUGUCUACAGCCUAAGUGGAUUUGAUGUGGCUCGCAGCAACACAAAAUACCGUGUUUCUGAUGCGGCCUUCUCAAUACGGUUCAAUGAUGGAACUCUGUUAGCGAAGAUUGAGUCCACCGACCGAACCAUACCAACGGAGAUUUUCCGGUUUCGACCCUACAACACCAUACUUGGGUUAGGCAACCGUGGUGAAGAUCUCCCAGAUGUUUUGGGAGAGCUGACUGCGAUUAAGAGCACCAUCACGGAUGGUAUACCAGGGGCACAACGUGUGAUGUUGACUUUAAGGAUUGAAAGCGAGUUCAACGUGUGUGUGAGUAUGUUUGACGCUCAGGCUCUUGCAUUACAUAGGCGUUUGGAGAGCUUUGGUAGAGAGCCUAGGGUUGUUCUUGUCACCGGCAUAAAUCCAAAGAUAGUUUCUGGGAACUUAUAUCUCAAUGGGACCUCUGCCACUCAUUUUUAUUUUGACUCUGAGACAGCUGCAGGGAAAGCUUUGUAUGACAGUCUACCAGGUGGUGUGUCAAGCCAGUCUGGGUCUCCAUCGAAGGUCCUUCACUCACAGAAGAUAGAACCUCUUACCGUUGCUGAGUUAAACCAGUUUGUUAUCCCUGCUGAGCCUCAGAUAAUUGAAUUCCUCUGUACGGCCAAAGUGACAGAGAUUCAGAAAGAUGAGGGAUGGUGCUAUAUCGGCUGUUCUAAGUGUUCUAAGAAACUUAUCCGAGAGGAAACUUCGUUCACAUGUGUACACUGCAAUGAAAGUAAUCCUGUUGCAGAGCUGAGGUACCGUGUCAUACUAUGUGUGUCUGACGCCAGUGACACAGCAUUCUUCCUAGGUUUUGAUACGGAAAUUGCUAAGUUAACGCUCAUUCGGGCUUCUGAGUCUGCUCAAAUAGUGGGAAUAGGUAUCAAUGCUGAGGUUGACACUGAGUUGCCACAAUCGCUCGCUGGUAUUGUUGGAAAUACAUACACGUUCCAGAUGAAAUUGAAAGACUACAACUUCACACCAAACCACAAGACCUUCACCAUCUCCCGCAUCUUCCCUGCACAGGACCUUUCCCCAAAACCAACUUUCGAUGAGGGUGAACAUGUCUCACAGCCAUCAGCUCCUCAGCCUCGUCAAUCAAGCACAACGGAUACCUCCGCUGAACCCACCAACGUUGGUGGAGAGGAAAUUACAGGUGUAGGUUUGCCGACUGGUGGUUUACCGGCGUCCAAAGAUGGAAGUAUCCUUGCUGAGAAAGCUUUGAAGAGGCCACGGGUGGAAUGAUACCACCGUUUUAAUAUUAACAACCACUUAUCUCCUUUUAUCGUUUUGUUGUCUGGCGUUAAACGUUUUCUUCUCGGAUUUUUCUUUGUUUUGUUUUUUAGAAAUACCUUUUAUUAUGUGGUUGUUAUAAGGUUCUCC